AUGGCAUCGGAAAAGAUCACGGUCGAGUCGCUCCCCAGCCUCCUCGAGAAUGAUACGCGGGUAAAGCUGGCAGGUGUCGAUGUCGACGGAAUUCUUCGAGGCAAACUUGUCUCCAAGAGCAAGUUUCUAUCCAUUGCGACCUCCGGUUUCGGCUUCUGCUCCGUCAUCUUUGGCUGGGAUAUGCACGACCAGACCUAUAUGCGCGAGCUGGCAAUCUCCAAUGCGGAGAACGGCUACCGCGACAUUCUGGCCGUCCCUGAUCUCGACAGUUUCCGCCGCAUCCCCUGGGAGCACAAUGUCCCCUUCUUCCUCGUCAGCUUUUUCGAUCCCGAUACGAAGGCGCCGCUGUCUGCCUGCCCUCGUGGACUGCUCAAGACCCAGCUCGACAAGCUGAGCGCCAAGGGCUAUGGAGCUAUGGCUGGAGCUGAAUACGAGUUCUACCAAUUCAAAAACCCCGACCCCAACAGUUCCUCACCCGCUGCAUUCCUUCGCGACAACCCUCCUCACCAACUCCCUUCCCUGACCGAGGGCAUGUUCGGCUACUCUCUCACUCGAACCGUACACAACCAGGAAUACUUUUACGAUGUUUUCGAUACCUGCGCCGCGUUCAAAUGCGACAUCGAGGGGUGGCAUACCGAAUCAGGCCCAGGUGUCUUUGAGGCAGCAUUGCAGUUCGGCGAAAUCCUUGGCAUGGCCGAUCGCGCAAGUCUCUUCAAGUACGUUGUGAAAAGUGUGGGCACGCGGCACGGCAUUACGCCUUGCUUCAUGGCGAAGCCGAAGCAUGGGCUACCAGGUAACAGCGGCCACAUGCACGUCUCCCUCGUCGACAGCUCGGGCAAGAAUCUACUGGCAAGGGAGACGCCCGAGGAGAACCCUCAAUGGAAGGAUAUCGCUGGGCUCUCCGAUUUGGGGCGCCAUUUCCUUGCUGGUAUACUUGAAGGCCUGCCUGAUAUCAUGCCCAUCCUUGCGCCCACGAUCAACUCCUACAAACGACUGGUCGAGAAUUUCUGGGCUCCCGUUACUGUUUCAUGGGGACUUGAGCAUCGCGCAGCAUCCAUCCGCCUUAUCGCACCUCCCACGGCCAAGGCCUCAGCGACCCGAUUCGAAAUCCGAGUCCCCGGCGCCGACACCAAUCCCCACUUUGUGCUCGCCGCCAUCCUUGGACUUGGUUGGAGAGGCGUAGAGCGCAAGCUUGCCAUCCCUUGCCCGCCCCUAGCCGCAGACCAGAGUAUUGGUGGCACAGGAGACCAGGGCCAGCGAUUGGCCAAGAGCCUGAAGGACGCGACGCAGCGGUUCAUGAGCAAGGAUAGCAUUGCCCGCGAGGUGUUUGGAGACGAGUUCGUAGACCAUUUUGGAGGGACACGUGAGAACGAAGUUAGAUUAUUUGACGAGGCUGUAACUGAUUGGGAAAUGAAACGCUACAUCGAGACGGUAUAG